AUGAAUUCCACACACAUGUGUUUAUUUCAUCGUGUUAAACAACUUCAAACGUGCAAAAAUAUAAUUAUUCAUUAAAUUAGUUGAUUUUAAGUCGCAACAAUGCGUAUUGAAAAGUGUUAUUUUUGUUCUGCACCGGUAUAUCCUGGUCAUGGAAUGCAGUUUGUAAGAAACGAUUCCAAGAUCUUUAGGUUCUGCAGGUCGAAAUGUCAUAAUGCUUUCAAGAAGAAAAAGAACCCAAGAAAGGUGAGAUGGACUAAGGCCUUCCGGAAAUCGGCCGGCAAGGAGUUGGCUGUAGACCCUUCGUUCGAGUUUGAAAAGAGGAGGAACGUUCCAGUGAAAUACGACAGAGAAUUGUGGCAGAAAACUGUUGACGCGAUGAAGAAAGUGGAGGAAAUCAGACAGAAGCGAAGUGGACGCUUCAUUACUCAAAGACUAAAGAAAGCCAAGGUGAUCGAUAAGGAGAGGGACGUGAAGGAAGUUCAAAGAAAUCUCGGACUUAUCAGAUCUCCAGCGGCUGGUCUUUUACAAAAGCAACAGGAAAAAAUGAUUGAAGAAAUUCAUGAAUCAGAUGAAGAGAUGCAAAUUGCAGAGGAAAUUUAAUCGUUUUCCCAAGUUAAUGUUAAAAUACCAUUUCUUUGAAUUAUCUGACGACCGACUCCAAUAGCAUUAGAACACUAGAUAUCCGUGUCAUUUAUAUUUUAUUUCGCAAUAAAACUCAUUUAUUUCUACAAUACUAUAAAA